AUGACGAAUCCAUCCCAGCUCCUUCUUCUUGCCGAUCACAUCAAGCUGUCGCUGCUGGAGCGACAACGGGCGAUCUCCCUGGACCCGGAGCCCAACAGCCAAGAUGGAGAGAUCUCUCGUUCACUGGAGUCGCUACGAGAAGGCAUCGAGUCGGUAGAAGCAGAAGUCGCACGCCUAGAAGACGUCCACGAUGACGGAGCCGCGGAUCUCAGAGACCAACUCGGCCACCUGCAGUCACAGUAUCAAGACCUCUCCGCGCAGUUCCGCGGCCAGGACGAUUUCCUAGAUUCCGAGUUUGCCAACGUCAAGAACUCGUCGCCCGACCUGAAACAGCCGGUUCCACAGCACCCGUCUUCCAAGUCUGUGCGGUUUAUGGAUUCCGCCACAGAGGAGGCUGAUUUGAAUCGUCGCAACCUCUUCCAGCCGUAUCGCGACUCGCCGUCGCCGCCGGGUCUGGAUGCGACCAGCAUGGAUAACGAGCAGAUCUACGACCACCAUGCGAAUGUGCUCCGUGAGCAGGAUGAACAGCUCGACCGGCUCGGGGAGUCCAUUGGACGGCAGCACCAGCUGAGCAUCCAGAUUGGCGAUGAGCUGGAGGGUCAUGUCGCCCUGCUCGAUGGUAUGGACGGCGACGUGGAACGACACCAGCGACGGUUGGACGGCGCAAGACGCCGACUAGACAAGAUCAGGAAAAGCGCUGGGGAGAACUGGAGCAUGAUGACCAUCAUUGGGUUGAUCAUCAUUCUCGUCAUCCUCAUUGUCAUCUUGAAAUGA